GAUCCCAUUGGCCUUCUUGGCCACCAGGGCACACUGCUGGCUCAUGGCCAAUCUGUUGUCCACCAGGACCUCCUGGUUUUUCUCUGCAGAGCUCCUCUCCAACAGGUCAUGUCCCAGCCUGUACUGAUACUCCUGGUUAUUCCUUCCCAGGUGCAAGACUCUACACUUGCUUCUGUUAAACCUCAUCUGGGACGUUGCUGCCCAGCUCUGCAGUCUGUCCAGGUCUUGCUGGAAGGCAGCACAGCCUUCUGGUAAAUAUGGCUUAAGAUGCUGCAAUUUUUACUGACAUGCCACGUUGUAAAAAUCAAGAUUUUUUGCCUGGCAUUCAUUCUUGAGUUGUUUUCUAGGAACUUAACAGUAGAGUUACAUAACUUAACAUUAAAACAGUAAUUAUGAAGUACUACUUCUGACUAAUAAAAACCCAUUGUCUCGCCCAAAAUAUGGACAAAGAAAUGUCUACAUUUCAGCUUCAGAAGCAAAGAUAUGCCAAUGGAGUAAUCUGAAAGAUACAGAAAACAGUGGAUGGAAGAAGUUUUUGUUCUGGCAGAACAAUCCGUUAGCUGUAAGGGGGAUGUACAGAUGCAUUUUGUAAGAGGCUGUACUGUUAAAUGUAAUUGUUGGUGUGCAUGUAGGAACUCAAAAUGCUGUAGCCUGCCUUACUAAUAGCAUUUGAGACACCAUAAAUAGUUUAAUCUGAUAUUGAUCAUCAUAUUGAUGUGAUGUAAAGAAAAAACUGUUGGUUCUACUGCCAAGCCCACAAUGCUUUCAUUUUCUUACACUGCUGAAUCUAGUCAUCCUACUUUGUGCAUUUUUCAUUUUUUAAUUUUUUUUCCCGGUUUUACAUUUUAACUCAAGUUGAAAAUGCUCUUGAUUGUAUGUGUGUGGUAUGGACUGUUAGCUGAGAAGGGUAAGGAGAAAUCUUCCAUAUGGAAAACGUGGGAAGAUUCCCAUUGUUCUAAACUCUGUUGUGUUAGUAUCUGUGUAACUGUGUAACUACUUAAACUCUCCUACUGCAUGAGUGAUAGCUGGUGUAUAAAAUACUGCUUUUAAUAUUUUUUUAAAUAUUGCAGUUAGUCUCAUUUAUGACUUUAGUAUUGAUUAGUCCAAAUAAAGGAGUUGGUAAAUGCAGGACGUGGCAUGGUCUGCUCCAACCAGGUAAUGUUAGAAAACGUUUUGCAGAAAGCUUUUGUGUUUUUUAAUUUCUGAAGUAGAAUUUCUGAAGUAGAAAAUCGUGAAAUAAACGUAAUAGAUAUUGUUAGGUCUGAGAAGAAAAUAUUUGUUGUGACUAAAACCAAACGUAAGUACCUUGGUGAGUUAUAAGAAUGCAUCUCUAAUACUGUGCUUUGUCAGUUUGCUGGGGUGAAUCUAAAUGUAGGAGCAAGAAAUUGAAAAUAGACUGAUUCUAUGGAUUAGAAAGUAAGGUAUAUUUUUAAUGUUCAAAGCUUGCAGAUAACAACAGACUUGAUAUCGUAGUAGGCAAGAGGAAACAGCUUUUGGGGAAAAGAUGGGCAAUUUAGAUCUAGCACAUCUCUAUUUGUUCUUUAUGCUACUCUUUGGGAGAUUCCUGUGGUCGUAUGUUGCAAGCUUAUGCUGAAUAUCGAAUUGUUAUUGCCUAACAGAGUCUAGAUGAGCAAGAUCCUUUCAGGAAGCCUUGGAAGGAAGGAGUAGCUGUAGUAAGACAGGGUUGUGUUGCUUUGGUUUUCCUCCAUACGCUUUGGAGCCCUUCCCACUGAAGUACAUUAGCUGUUGUGUUUGUGCAGUAACAACUUGUACUUCCUACUACCAUCAGCAGCUGUGGAUCAGGGUACAGACAUUCAGUUUUCUGUCAGUUUGUGAAAAGGGCAUAAAUGUGAAAAGAAUUAUACUAUUAGAACAUGAAGAACAUAGUUAAAAGAAAAAGGGAAAACGUGAGCCUUGCUUACUACUUAGGUCUAGCAGCUAAUUGUUCUACCAGGGACUAUUACUGUUUUGUUUAUCUUAAAGCAAAUAUAAGGUGAACUUUUUGCUCAAGUAAUAACUCCACUUAUCUUCUCCUGGGAUAUCUGUGGAAAGGGUCAUUAUUUUUGUUUUUAUCUCGUAACUCUAUUGCAAGUUAGACAGGAAGGAGAGGUCCUUUAGCAACAGAAGAGCUUGGGCAGAAGUGACUACACUAGCAGACUGCCCUUUUUGUUUUGCCGAAAGCACAUCUCCCUCUGUAAGCAAAAGAAGGAAAUGACCUAGAGGCCUUACAAAUACAUUUGUGCAUUUUUGUUCUGAGUCUACAAUCGAGGGCAAGUGCAGUCUGGAAGCACCACCACUUAAUGUUACAACAGAAACAACUACCUCAACAAACAAAGAAAGGGGAAGAAGGCUUGCAGUAACAAACACUCUAAUUUUCAGUAGCUUACACUUGGAAAGUCUUCUCUAUACAGACUCUGGAUUUUUUUUCCCUCCAGUAUUAAGAAGAGACACUACAAGUAAACUAAUUUGGCAGACUGGAUCUGUCGAGACAUUUGAAGACUGCUGACAUAAGGAUUUGCUUUUUUUAAGGAAGGCGCCUCUGCACUGCUUUUAUAAUCGCUGUUGAUCGGUGGUUUGCUCCACUUUUCCUGACUACUAAUUGGAAAAUUGUAUUAAAAUAUUGCUUCUAAAAAUAUUAUUUGCAUUGACAAAAUUUUUGUAGACAUAACAGCAAGUAAUGAUAAUAUGCUCAUGAAGAAACCGUAGGCGAUAAGUUCUCUGCUUUUCUGUGUGCAGAGUGGAAUACCGGCCCAGACAGAGCAUUAUUAAGAUACUUUGGUUUGCUUUCUGAUUACAGUUUAUAACUGCAGCAGGGCUGCACUGAACACUGAAAAUACUAAGUCAGCAAACUGCUGCCUUUCUCACUGCUGAUACAGAUUAUACAGACGCUUGCCUUUUUGAAAUGCAUUUUGUGAAACCUAUGUACACAGUCCUCCACUGUUACUGUACAUAACUAUAUAUUUGGGGAAGGAAUUUGACAAGUGAUUGUUAAUUCAAGAAGUCUUCGGACAAGCUCUCACUUAUGUAUUGCUGUAGUGCACAAGAAAGCAAAAUGGACUAUAAGCGGCGCUUUUUGCUUGGCGGGUCCAAGCAAAAAGUGCAGCAACACCAGCAGUAUCAAAUGCCUGAGCUAGGCAGGACCCUGAGCGCACCACUGGCAUCUACAACCCCAGCAUCUCCCCUGGUCUCCUCAGCUGCUGCGGGCAGCUGCAAUCACCCUGUAUCCCAUACGACUCCGAUUGCAGACAUCCAGCAGGGAAUCUCCAAAUAUCUGGAUGCACUCAACGUAUUUUGCCGUACGAGCACUUUCCUUACAGACCUUUUCAGCAGUGUAUUUAGGAACUCUCACUAUUCUAAGGCAGCUAUGCAACUGAAAGACGUGCAGGAACAUGUCAUGGAAGCAGCGAGUCGACUCACAGCAGCAAUAAAACCAGAAAUAGCAAAAAUGCUGAUGGAACUGAGUGCAGGCGCUGCAAAUUUCAAAGAUCAAAAAGAAUUCAGCCUACAAGACAUUGAGGUGCUUGGACGAUGUUUCUUGACAGUGAUGCAGGUUCACUUUCAGUUCCUGUCACAAGCUUUGCAGAAGGUCCAGCCAGUGGCACACUCUUGCUUUGCUGAAGCUGUAGCCCAAGAAAGAAAGAAUGUUGGUGGAGCUGGAGCCUCAAAUUUAAGCCCCACAAAUGAGCUAGAAGAUGCAGUAAGAUCAUGGAGAGGAGCAGCAGAGGCUACAUCUCGACUGCGAGAAAGAGGUUGCGAUGGAUGUUUGGCAGGAAUUGAAGUUCAACAGCUUUUCUGCUCACAGAGCGUAGCAAUCCCUGAACAUCAGCUCAAAGAGCUAAACGUGAAAAUUGACAGUGCUUUGCAGGCUUACAAAGUGGCUCUGGAGAGCUUAGGCCAUUGUGAAUAUGCAAUGAAGGCUGGCUUCCACUUGAACCCAAAAGCUAUUGAAGCAAGUCUUCAGGGCUGUUGCAGUGAAGCCGAAGCCCAGCAAACAGGAAGGAGACAGACUCCACCUCAGCCAAUUCAGUGUGAAUUGCCCACUGUACCGGUUCAGAUAGGGCCGCACUUUCUGAAAGGAAUAUCCUUUAACGAGUCUGCAGCAGAAAACCUGAAGCUGAAAACGCACACAAUGUUGCAACUAAUUAAAGAAGCUGGAUGCCAUAAUGGACUUACACCACGGGAUGACUCUCCUGUUACUGAAGUACUAAAUCAGGUUUGCCCUUCGACUUGGCGUGGAGCCUGCAAAACUGCUGUACAGUUGUUGUUUGGUCAAGCAGGACUGGUGGUUGUGGACACAGCACAGAUUGAAAAUAAAGAAGCCUAUGCUCCUCAAAUAAGCUUAGAAGGAUCUAGAAUAGUGGUGCAAGUUCCAUCAACUUGGUGUCUAAAAGAAGAUCCAGCAACAAUGUCUUUGCUACAGAGGAGUCUGGAUCCAGAGAAGACUUUGGGACUAGUAGAUGUGCUCUAUACUGCUGUGUUUGACAUACCACGGUGGAAGGAGGGAAGGGAGCAAGCUUUGCCUUGUAUUCAGAUCCAGUUGCAGCGUGAAAUCUCAGACUUUGGGAACCAAGUUGACAUGCCAUCUGGAAAUGGAAGCAAACCUUCAGGUGGUCUACAAAAGACAUUUUCAAAACUGACUUCACGGUUUACAAAAAAAACUUCCUGCACCAGUACAAGUAAUAGUGGAAGUUAUUCAAUCCCCAGUACACCUUCCAAAAAUGUCUUCAUAAGUUCCAGCUCAGAGGAGAAGGCUAAAAUGCCCACUAACAUAGAUGCACGGCUACAAAGCAUUUUGAACAUUGGUAACUUUCCUAGGACCACAGAUUCACUGCAGUCAAUCCAGAGCACAAAUAAUCAGAUAGUAAAUGGGUUUUUAGUUGAAAGACAGGACAACUUCUUCAAACUGGAUGAAGGCAAGGAUGACAAAGGUAUGAAUUUACCAACUGACCAAGAAAUGCAGGAUGUCAUAGAUUUCUUGUCUGGUUUCAACAUGGGCAAAUCCCAGCAGACUUCUCCAAUGGUGAAAAGAAGAAACUCUAUUGCAUCCUCUACAGCAGCAGAACAAAAAUCAGGAACAGUACAACAGCAGCCCCAGUCUGUCUCUCACACACCACUGCAUCCUUCUCAGCAAGGCUUGUCACAGCAACAACAGUCACAAAAGCAGCAGCAACAAAUGCAAUAUUACCAACAUUUGCUUCAACCUAUCGGACCACAGCAACGUGUACCUGCCAAAUGGCUGACUAAUUCUUCACAGCAGCCAGCCCAAACUGUUGGAGCUGGAUUAUCUCAUUUAAACCAGUGGAAUAACCCUGGUUUUUCAGAUUUAAGCUCUGACUUGUACAGUUUGGGUCUUGUGAGCAGCUAUAUGGACAAUAUGAUGUCAGAGAUGUUAGGACAAAAACCACAAGGACCUAGAAACAACACAUGGCCAAAUCGUGACCAAACUGAUGGAGUGUUUGGAAUGCUGGGAGAAAUUCUGCCCUUUGACCCUGCAGUUGGGUCUGAUCCAGAGUUUGCCCGCUAUGUUGCUGGGGUCAACCAGGCUAUGCAACAGAAAAGGCAAGCACAGCACGUCCGUCGUCCAAGCAACACACGAAGCAACUGGCUUCUGCCUGAUGACCCUCACAAAACCUGGCCCUUUCCUGAGUAUUUCACAGAAAGUGAUGUGACAAACAGCUGGUCUGGUACUCAAGGAGAUUCUGCCAGCUCGAGUGAUGAGACCUCCUCAGCCAAUGGGGACAGCUUGUUCUCCAUGUUCUCAGGGCCAGACCUCGUCGCUGCUGUAAAGCAGAGAAGAAAACACAGUAGUGGAGAACAGGAACCUAGUACACUACCAUCACCACCUCUUCUUUCUGCAGUAGAUGACCGUAAUCAGGAUAACAAAACCAAAACGUGGCCUCCAAAGGCACCCUGGCAACAUACGUCCUCUGUCACGAAUACACUACCCAGUCAGAGCACAUCUCUGUACCCUAUGAGCAGCCCUGUCAGCCAGUGGAGUGACACGAUGCAGAUCCUUCAGUCACCCGUGUGGGCGGCAGCCAACGACUGUGCUCCAUCGGCAGGCAUUUCCUCUAGCUUUGCCUAUGCGCAGCAGCAGCAGUCACAGCAACAGGCUUCCCAGCACAAACAGAUGAAUAAGGGCUUUAAAUCUUUUCCUGUAAAGCACGAACGCAGACCAUCUUACCUGCAUCAAUACUGAUUGCUUUUCAUAUUGGAAAAUGCAGCACAGGGCCAAAUAGUUAUGAAGUACGUGUACUUUUUUCACAAUUGUAUGUUGGCUAUAUCCUGUUCAUCUUAUUAAAUAGGGAAUCGAGGGGGGCUUGAGGAGAGGUAUAAAAACUCUUGACUCUUAUUUACAGUGCUGAGCAAUAUGGCCAAUAUGUUUGUUUGUACAUGAAACAGCCCAAAACUGUGAUGUAGAAAUGCUUUUAAAAAUAUCUGUAUUGCCUUUACUUUCAAAAGCUUUUUUAAAAAAAAAAAAACUGCUGAAGGACUACCAUACAAAAAACACUGUAUUUUGUAGCUAUUUUUCAUAUAGAUUUAUAGUUGACAUCUUACUGAAACACAAUGAAUAUGUUGAAGCAAACAUAUAGUGGUCACUUUGCUCAAUGCUGUGUUUGAAUUUACAAUGGACAAGCUGGAAAGCCUUUGUUUCUUCCAUAAAUGGCCUGUGGGCAACUUUUUUUUUUUUUUUUUAAAUGAAGUGUAAGUGCAGCUUUUCAUGUGCCACACAAGCGAGUUCAUUAUAAAACUGUUGCAGAAGCAGUUGUGAAAUUGAGUGCUGUGGUAGUUUCCUUCCUCAAAGUAUAGAUCAGCAGAACCACUCAGAUUUGUGUCACAAAUGUUAACUGAGCUGCUUACAGUAGAUGGCACCUGUGUGGAUGACACUGGUUUUCAAAUAAAUACAUUUGUUAGUGCUUCAUUUGGCCAAAGGCAUUAUCCACACAGUACUCCUUCCUGAAGUGUGUGAAAGUACAGCCUGAAAGACUACUUGCAUAUAUUUUAAAGUCUUAUUUCAGAUGCUAGUUGAUUGAAAAAAAAAAAAAAAAAAAAAAAGUUGUGA